AUGGCUCCCUGCCCAGGCCUGCGCCUACUCAAUUGCUGUUGUCGCUGCUGCUUUGCUGCCGCUGCUCGUCCUGCCGUUGCUCUACUCUGCUGCAUAGCUGCUGGUUACUGCUGCUGCCGAGCCUUCCUCUGUUGCUUUUCUGCUCUCGCCGCCGCCUCCACCACUAAUCCCGCCGUUCCAAAAACAAAAAGAAAAACCGCCACCCCACCCACGCACGCACGCCCGCCCGCCCCCCUCCUCUCAUCGCGCCGCGACGCACGCCGCUCCUGCUCCUCCCAUCGCGCCGCGACGGACGCCGCUCCUGCUCCUCCCACGCUGCGCCGCGCCGCACGCCGCCUCCUGCUCCUCCCGCGCCGCUGCCCCGCCGGUGCCCCGUCCUCCCGCGGCCCGGGUCGCUCACAUCCCUCGAGCAGCGCCGACGGCCCUUCACCGCUGCCUCGCCGCGGGUCGCCGGGAGCCUCCCCGCUGCGGGUCGCCGCCUCCGCCCGCGCCCUUCACCGCUGCCUCGCCGCGGGUCGCCGGGAGCCUCGCCGCGGGUCACCGGGAGCCCCCCGCCGCGGUUCGCCGCCUCCGCCCGCGCCCUUCAACGCUGACUGGUCGCCGGGAGCCUCCCAGCCGCGGGAGAGCCGCCCCGCCGCGGGUCGCCGCCUCCUCCCGCCCCUUCAACGCUGCCUCGCGCCAGCGGAACCACGGGAAGCGGCCGCGGGUCGCCCGAGAGCCUCCCAGACGCCGGAGCCGCCCCGCCGCGGGUUGUCGCCUCCGCCAAGCCGCCACCAAGCCGCCACUCUGCCUCCGCCACGCCGCCACGCCGCCACACCAGUACAGAAUAUUGCCACUCAUCAGUAUCUGCAGCAUCUAAGGUGGAAUGAAUUAUGGAGCUCUGAGACAGACGGAUGCACUGCUGUCAAUAAAUGUUCAGAGGAGUUCUGUCAAAUGCCACAACAUGCUUAUCAUAUCAUAGGAACCAGGAAGUUUCGCGAAGUCAAUACAGUGGGCGACAGAGCAGCUAAGUCAUUUAAGCAACGCAUGUGUAGUGCACAGCGGCAGCGGCAGCGGCUGCACGGCCACGACGGACAAGCAACAACGCGGAGCAGGGACAGGUGGUGGUAAGAUCAAGUUUUGAAACUGGGCUUUGAUGAGAAGUUCAUUCGUAUAUGGGAAUUCUACCUUGUAUACUCUGCCACUGGUUUCAAGUCAUGAGUAGUUAGAGAUUACCAGGCACGGAUGUGUAUAUGUGUGCUCUUUGUAUAUGUUUACCUGCAUUAUUACUAGACAAAUGGAAGUCAUAUACUCCCUCUGGUCUUCAAAAAACAUCUUUCUGGAAACUGUUUGGUGGUUUCCAAUGCAGACUAAAAUUUAAGUUGAUGUCGCUUUCUACAAUUAUGUUAAUCUCAACCAUAAGAUUGAGAGAUCAGUAGACAACAGAUCUUUGGGUGAAUAGUAGUAAAUUAGAACCUUUGGUGAA